AUGAAGCCAGGGCUGCAUAUUCUGAUAAACAUCCCUCGUGGAGAGCGCGAUGAAAAAGUACUGCUUCGCGUGGAGGCCGAUGCGCGCCGAUUGGGUAGGCAGUGCGCGGAAAUCUAUUUCCAAGCCUUGAACGUGACCGGGUAUUGGGCAAAUGUUAAGCAAGCCGGAGGGUAUCAUUACAGCGCGUCGCUGAGUCGGGCCGAGGUUCCAGAGUGGGUUGCUUUCAAUGAUGUCGAGUUGAAGGUGGUUCGCGGGCAUACGCACAGCGGCGUGGCGUAUCUCAACGUGUUCGUGAAGCACUUAGGGCGCGCAGGGUUUCCUGUCGGAGGGCUUCUGGGAGAAGACGACCACGAGUACGUUACCACCCCUCCAGACGGAUGUGCGAAGCGUACGGAGCAUGGACCCUCGAGUCUUUUCAAUUGCAUGGGCUUGUGGGCUCUGCAUCAUCUGCUGCUUCCUUCGCCUGAUGGUGUUGCCAGUCCUCUGCUAUGA